GUUUUUGCUCAAUUAUCACAUCUUUGAUGUGUCACAGCAUCUUCAAAGGUCAUUUCAACAUUGUUACAAAACUUUUCAGGUGGUCGCUAGUCGGGUAAAAGUAUUUUUUCUGUAUAUUUAUCAUUAUGGUGCCCACACCUUUUUCUUGGAAUGAAGCAUAAAGAGGUUGUAGCCCUUCAAAUAAAUUGGUUUGGGAAUCCAAAGUCACAAAAUGACAACAACAAAAAAAACAAUGAAAAUGAGAUGGGAUUAAAACCAAAUGGUCAUUCUUUGCUUGACUGCUAUUGAGUCCAUUUAUGCAUUAUGCUUCUUUGACCUAAAUAGGUGUGUUUAAAAUAUUAAUUUAAACUUCCUCUAAAAAAAUGAUUGAAGCAAUCAAUUAAACAUGCUGAUGAUCAUACUGUGAACUUUUAAUAAACUGGUAAGUUUGUUUAAUUCCAUCUCAUUGUCAUUAGUCUUUCUUUUGCCAUAUUGUGACAGUCUCUUUGUUAUCAAACCAAUCUCUUAAUGUACUUAGUAAAAGUUAUUGAAGCUACAUGUACACGUAGCCUGUAUCAAAAUUUUUGUCCAUUUUGACUGCUCAGUCAAAAAGGACAGAUGAAUUUGUGUAGUGCGCUUGUGAAGUUUGAUAAGUUUCUUUUGGAACCCAGUGUAGUAAGAAAAAAAAUCCUGUGAAAGUCAUUCAUUGGUUCAAAUCGAUUAAAGAUUUAAACAAGUUCAUGAGUAGCAGGAAAAGUCCACCACAAUAGCCUGGAGGGAAAGCAUUAAUUCAUUUCCUGUGAAAGGGAUAAUGACAUCCUUGGUUAUCCGUAUAAGGGCAUGUACUUCACUAUACACUGUGAUUCAAAUACAAUGGGAAUGAUGAUGUCAUCACUGUAGGGGGAAUACCCUGUUCUCUUCCGUGCAUUCUAUUUACAGUUAGGGACAUUUUGCUUGUGUGCUUACUGCAGUUCCACCGAUUGUAAAUCUUUUUGAAAAGUUUUUUGUGUUUAUUCUAAGCACAUCCAUCAAUAUUAGAAACAUUUCUCAGUCAUAUUCUUGAGAAUAUUGUUUACUAGGAGAGUGUACAACCUCUAGUUACAAUUUUGGUACAUCACGCCAAGACUUGUGCAUUGUGGUAUGAAUUAAUUCACCGACCAUUCACGAGACAACAACAACUAGAAGUCUAUUUUAAAGUGUAGGAGAGAUUGAUUAAAAUGACACCUCAUCCUGAGGAUAAUAUCACUGGUAGUCAGAAGCGUUCUCCCCUGGGUCUACCCUUGAAGGUAGGAGAUGCAGACCACACCAAGACUAAUAGGAUAUGGAGUAAAGUACGGGACAACCUCCGCAAGGCACCAGACCGGCGCAGACCAACGUUCUUGGCGGAGAUGCCAUAUGCAACAGCAAUAUUGCCCUACUGCUGGCAGCUCUUUGCCCCAGACUUCAACAAGUAUAUGAGGCAGGAGCUGUGUGACAUUCCUUUUGGUCAUUUCUUAGAAGAGAAGAAGAUAUUGAACUGGUGUCCUGUUUUCACCAAGCUCUACCCACUCAAUGCAACAGGUGAUGGAAAUUGUCUACUUCAUGCCAUAUCCCUUGCCUUGUGGGGUGUAGAAGACACUGACCUUUGGCUUCGUAAAGUACUUCACACUGUAAUGAGGGGAGAGUUUGCAGGAGCCAAUGAAUCGCGAUGGAGACGGGAAAGAAACCUCUAUGAUGCUAAGCAUAUGCCUGGUCAAGGUUUUCGUUACAACACCAAGGAAUGGACAGCAGAAUGGAAGAUUGUAGUUGAUAUCGCCAGCCCUGAACGUCGCAUUGAUCAAACGCUGGGCCUGCCCUAUGAGUGUCUGGAGGAAUUCCAUAUCUUCAUCAUGGCCAACAUCCUGCGACGUCCUAUUAUCGUGGUAGCAGAGAACAUGUGGCGUGAUGCAGCAGGCAAAUCUCUUCAGCCCAUGAACUUCAACGGUAUCUACUUGCCUCUUGGAUGGGAUCCCAAGGAAUGCGUCCCUCAUCCCAUCUUGUUGGGAUAUCACCAGAUGCACUUUUCGCCCCUGCUCUGCACCUCCCCGUCACCCUACAAAAAGGAAGACAAGUUUUACUGCGUGCCGCUGGUCGACCAUGUCAUGAAAAACCUUCCGAUCCACUUUUUGAAACCAGAGGAGGAAGGACAGGAAACCAGGCUUCUGCAGAUGUACCUGAUCUGUGAGGAAGUAGGGAUUGGGGACCGACCCAUCAUGUGUGCCAGACUAGCGACAGAUCCCCCCAAGGAGGAAAUGGAUGUCUUUCAGUCCUACUUGAAUGUUGCAGAGACAAGGUAUAGGAUGUACUCAGAGGAGCAGCAUAAUCCUGAGAAUGCUGAAGCUCUGAAAGCAGCAGGGAUGAUGUCUGCCAUCAGCACGCAACAGUUGAAUGAGAAACUAGCUGCUGCAGGUGAUUCAACGCUCACAAGACAUCCUGGACAUGAUUCCAAAGUGGAACCAUCAGUUGCUUCAACUGGAAGAUCACCUCUGAAUGAUGCCUUUGAUAUGGAAACUGAAGAGAGUAUUAUGAUAUCAAGUACCGCGCUACUGUCAAGUGGUAUUAAGGCACCACCAUCAGAUGCCAAGAAUACUAGGUAUUCUACAGGAACAACCCUUGUUUGUAAGAAUCCAGGCUGUCACUACUUGAGAGUUUUGGCGAGUGAUGAGUACUGUGAGAGGUGUUACAAGGCCAUGUCUUCGGUCGGCAAACAGGCCUUCAAGAAAUGCCGCGUUGAUUCCUGCUUGAAUGGUGGAGAGAGAAAGUAUGAGGGACUUUGUCAGGUAUGCUAUGACCAGAAUACAUUCAUGAAUGAAGAUACUGCUCCUACUCGCCACCCAACAAGCCUAAAGGACCUAAGCACAAGUCCCAAAUUCUAUGGACUGAAUGCAAGAGGUCCUGUUAUCUUUGACCCUGCCACUAAGCAGGAUGGAAACGGAAUGGAAGUAGAUGAAGAUAAAACUUCUGAUAAUAUGUUGAACACUAACGUUGUUAAUGAAUUCACAGUGGGAAGCAAGCAGUGCACCAGCCCAGGCUGUGAAUUCACGGGUAAUCCAAACUAUGAUGGUUUGUGCAGCAAGUGCUUCAAAGACAAGAUAGGACUAGAGCAACAAAAUGCAGCAGGAUCUGAGGCUUUGGGAUACCUUGAUAGAUCUCCCCCACAAGAAAUUCCAUUGACAGUAGGUAAGAAGAAAUGUAUCAUGCCAGAGUGUGAAUUGACUGGUCAUCCAGAGAAAGGGGAUUUGUGCAGUGGUUGCUUCAGCAGACAGACAGAAAUUGGUUGGGAAUCUGGGUUACCAGUGAAGACCAAAGACAAGAAGCCUCAGCCACUUCCAGAUAAGAAUAUUCCAGGAAUUUCAAGGGGGUUCAGUGCAGAGAGACAAAAGCAGCUGUUGAAGGAAGUGCCUCAGCAGUGUUGUACACCUAAAUGUGAAAUGUAUGCUCACCCCAGCCAAAAUGGAUUAUGUUCUGCCUGCUACAAGGAAUCCAUAGCAGGCAGAUCUAGUCCUCUUGACACCAGGAGAGCACUACCUUUAUCCCAACGAAAACGAGCAAAAGAUCAAGAAGGCAGCAGCUACAGACCAAUACUGCAGUUCACUGUGCAGAAGAACAUGUGUGCCAUUCCUGGAUGCAACGGUGUCCGUCUCCAAAUUGGAUCUGGUGACCUCUGUCGCACUCACUAUGAAGAGAGCUCAAGAAGGUAUAGCCCAACAACCACCACACCUUCACCCUCAGGGGCCUUCACAAGAACAGGCAUGCCAUCUGUGGGUGGGAGAGUCCAGCCCUCUGCUCCCCCACAAAGCAUCUACGCCUCCCAGUCAGGUUACCGCUCUAAUGGAGUUUCCAACCACAGGGAGGUUCCGCAAGCUGUUGAACCAAGCCAAAUGGCUAGGACAACUCCGGAGAUCUGUUCACAUCCUUGUUGUAAGAACCCUGCAGUUCCUCCUACUUACAUUGCCUGUAGAAGAUGCCUGAGCUUUGUUGAUAAGGUCAAUCAGAUGGAGGCUGCCAUCAAGUCUGUUCAUGGAGAGGGCGCCGUUUCCAAGACUCCUGCUGUCCGUAAAGCUUUAGAGAAUGAUGAGAUGUCACCAAUCGCCUUAGAGACUGGAAGAGAUCCGUAUGACCCACCAACUGAAACAGUUAGAAAUCUGGAUAUCCAUGAAAAACCUUCCUCCGCUGGGAUCAAGGGUCAGUUUCAAUAUGACUAUAUCAAAAGGGUCAAGUGUCAGGCUGUAGGAGGUUGCCCAUAUAACAUGUAUGGAAAUCCACAAUACGGUAACCUCUGCACUCAGUGUUUUGACCGGGAAGUCGUCCUUCCUAGACAGAAAAAUUUCACUAGCAGUUCUGCUCCACUAAAGAAGUCGUCUCGUAGUAGUCACACCCUCCCUCCGAAGUCCCAAUCGGCUGUAAUCUCUGGUACCAGCACUACCUCCAGAUCAGCGGCACGUGCGUCCAACUACCAGAAGUGCAGCAGCCAAGAUUGCCACAACCAGGCUAACCCUCAGAUCAUGGAAGGCUACUGCAAUGACUGCUACCCAGCCUACAAGGACAAGAAGAAGAGUCGCGCAUCUGCUGGCGCGCGGGAUCGGUCCGCACCAUCGUCCAGAACAUCCAAGAGAGAGCUGCUGCUUGGGCAACAGGAUGAUAUUUUCCCGAUUUCAGCACCUAGAUGUCAUAAUGAUACAUGUUCUAACUUCGGUAAUGAUCAGUGCAGGGGAUAUUGUAAUGGUUGCUUUCGGAAAUUAAUGAACCAAAAAGAUUUAGUUUAGAGCUCUGUAGCUAUAGUGGAAGUGACUGACUGAAAGUGAUUUCCUAUUGUUAAGUAAACAUCACAAGUUUCCAGCAGAGGCAUAUGCUGGUGCUAUACAAGAAACCAUCAUCUACAGAUAAAAUGGAAUAGAAUGAAGAAAUUAAUCAUGUAUAUAGAAUCCAAAUGUACAAAAGUAAUUUAUUUUUGUAAUAUUAACUCAUAUGUUCAUUUAUUUCAAAAAUAAAUUGUGAAAUAUAUUUGUUCAAAAUAGCAAAAUAUUUCCUUGUAAAAAUAUAUAUUAUUGUUCAUAUUCAUGUGACCAAUAGCUGAAAUAGAAGUUUGUUUUCUUGAUUGAAUUUAUAUUCUGUGAUCGAGGACUGGAGAAAUGGGCGGGGGGGAGUAAGCUAAUCAAUCUUUGAAAAAUUUGUCAAUAUCAGCAGCAUUAAUGGGGAACAGUUUUAAUUUAAAAUACAAUUUAGAAUGCAUGCAUGUUUUCACUAAACUUAUAUUUAGUCAUUGAUUUUGAUGAGCAUUAGUUUUCUCUCUCCAAUUUUCAAUACAAAAGUAUUUGCAACACAUGUAGGAUUAUUUGAUUAUGUAAUUUAUUUUCACAAUUCAAAGCAUAAUUUGUUACUAUAUACCAUAUGUCAGAAAAUACAUGUAUUUGGGAUGAAUAACCCACAAGAUUUUCAUGACCUACAUGAAUAUGCCCAACUUACUAUGAAAUAAAUGAUUUUGGAUAUGAUUUCCGUUUCCAAAUAUGAUAAAGUUUUAUUGGAAAUUAAUGUAAAAUGUAGGCAUGAUAUUAAAACCUGAUUAUUUUUGUGUUUCGUACAGUUUUAAAACACGUAAAACUCAUCUUGUUAUUUUCAAUUUGUUUCCAUGUCAUCUUUGGGAAAUGGUGAUAACAUUUAAAAUUAUCACCUAUUAAAUCUUAAUAAUUAACAUAGUUCCAAAUGGUGAAAAUAUCAAACUUCUAGUCUAUUGCGAGCCUCCCUGUUGGAAUGAAAGCAAGUAGUAUUCCUGUUCAAAGAUACAACACAGAUACAUGAGACAAACUAACAUUCAAAAAUUCAAUGUGAUAUGAAAUUGUUGGUAAUGCUAGUAGUUCACAGGGCUGGAGCCACCAUGCACCAAUUGGGAGGCAGUCUGAACCAUUGUACGCCACAAGCUACCUUAUUGGUGCCAUUAGGUGCCACAACCACUUUGACGCAAACAGAGGCCGGCACCAUGUGCUUAUAAACACAGAUUAGGCAUUAAUCACAUAUAUUUCAAUGCUGUAAAGAAUAUUGAAAUAUAAACUAAUGCAUGUAAAUG